AAUAAACAUCUGCAGAUAAAGGAAAAACGAACCAGAGCAAGAAUGCUGCUAGUUCGGAGCCGCCUUUUCACGACUGUCCUGUCACCACCACCGUCUCUUCCUCCUCCGUUCCGGCAAUCUCUACCUUUUACUCUCUCUUCCAACUUCUCCACUCAAAAAUCUCCAAACCCAAAAAUCUCCGCUUCAAAAACCUCCAAACCGGUACUUACCGACUCCGCCCGGUUCGCUCGGACCGUGCUCUUUGUCCCUCCCGGAGUAGAGCCAGAUGAGGUCACCGAAAAUAUGGUGUUACCCGGGUCGAAUAUCGUUGUCGGACCUUACGCGGGUCACUCACAGAUUAAGGAAGUGGAGUUUGUAAAGAGUAGCAGUCGGGCUAGAGAUUGCCCGAGAGAUGACCGACCCGAGUUUGCCAUUUUGGGACGGUCUAAUGUGGGGAAGUCUUCACUUAUUAAUGCUAUGGUUAGAAAGAAAGAGGUUGCACUUACUUCUAAAAAACCAGGGAAGACUCAGCUGAUUAAUCAUUUCUUGGUGAAUAAAAGUUGGUACAUUGUGGAUUUGCCUGGUUAUGGGUUUGCUAAAGUCCCAAAUUCUGCUCAAACGGAUUGGUCAGCAUUCACAAAAGGCUAUUUUUUGAACAGAGAGACUCUGGUUGCUGUUCUACUUCUCAUUGAUGCAAGUGUGCCACCUCAAAAAAUUGACCUAGAUUGCGCUGAUUGGCUUGGACGCAAUAAUAUACCAAUGACUUUCGUUUUCACAAAGUGCGACAAAAUGAAGGGCGGGAAAGGAACGAGGCCUGACGAUAACAUCAGGAGUUUCCAAGAGUUGAUCAAACAAAAUUACCGGGAGCAUCCCCCGUGGAUCAUGACUAGUAGUGUUACUAACUUGGGCAGAGAUGAGCUUCUCCUACAUAUGUCACAGCUAAGAAACUACUGGGAUCAAUAAAAUGUGAGUCGAACAACUACAGCUUAUACUAAUUCAUGUUUAAAAAGUUUUUUUAAAUAGAUGUUUCAGUUUCUAACCAACAACUCGUUACUUGUUGAUUCUUGUUAAAACUUAUAUCUAGAGUCGGAAUCUGCGCUGCGAUGAAUGUAAUGCGAAUUCAUGUGUAUAUAGACUGAUUGCAUCUUACCCUUUUGUUA